AUGAAAUCUUACAAAGUCCUCCCUCUGGCUUCCGGCCUCCUCUCCCUGAUGCUUUUUCAUCAAGUCUGGGCUCAGUUUCCACGAGAGUGUACCAGUAUUGAGGCUCUGAGAAGUAGAGAGUGUUGCCCAGACCUCUCUCCUUCCUCUGGACCUGGGACUGACCCCUGUGGCUUAUCGUCAGGAAGGGGAAGGUGUGAGUCUGUGACCGCAGACUCCAGACCGCACAGCCCCCAUUACCCCCACGACGGCAAAGAUGACCGAGAGGGCUGGCCUCUUAAGUUCUUCAAUAGGACAUGUCAGUGCAACGGCAAUUUCUCAGGACACAACUGUGGGACCUGCCGUCCUGGGUGGAGAGGAGCUGCAUGCGACCAGAAAACUCUCGUAGUCAGGAGAAAUCUUCUUGACUUAAGUACAGAAGAAAGGAGCCACUUUGUGAGAGCCUUGGAUAUGGCAAAGCGCACAACGCAUCCUCAAUUUGUCAUUGCCACAAGGAGGUCAGAAGACAUACUGGGACCCGAUGGCAACAGGCCACAGUUCGAGAACAUUUCCAUCUACAACUACUUUGUUUGGACACACUAUUAUUCCGUCAAAAAAACCUUCCUCGGGGUAGGGCAGGAAAGCUUUGGUGACGUGGAUUUCUCUCAUGAAGGACCAGCUUUUCUCACGUGGCACAGGUACCAUCUGCUGCAGCUGGAGAGAGACAUGCAGGAGAUGCUGCAGGAGCCUUCUUUCUCCCUUCCUUAUUGGAAUUUUGCAACUGGGAAAAACGUCUGUGAUAUUUGCACCGAUGACUUAAUGGGAUCCAGAAGCAGCUUUGACUCUACUCUUAUAAACCCCAACUCUGUCUUUUCUCAAUGGAGAGUGGUCUGCGAGUCUUUAGAAGAUUACGACACCCUGGGAACACUUUGCAACAGCACUGAGGGUGGGCCCAUCAGGAGAAACCCAGCUGGGAACGUGGGGAGACCAGCAGUGCAGCGUCUUCCUGCGCCACAGGAUGUCACCCAGUGCUUGGAGGUUGGUGUGUUUGACACACCUCCUUUUUAUUCCAAUUCUACAAACAGUUUUCGAAACACAGUGGAAGGUUACAGUGAUCCCACCGGGAAAUAUGACCCUGCUGUUCGAAGCCUUCACAACCUGGCCCACCUCUUUCUGAACGGAACAGGAGGACAAACCCAUCUGUCUCCCAAUGAUCCGAUCUUUGUCCUCCUGCACACAUUCACUGAUGCGGUCUUUGACGAAUGGCUGAGGAGGUAUAACGCCGAUAUUUCUAUCUUCCCAUUGGAAAAUGCUCCCAUUGGACAUAACAGGCAAUAUAACAUGGUACCAUUCUGGCCUCCAGUUACCAACACAGAGAUGUUUGUGACUGCUUCCGACAACCUGGGAUAUGCCUAUGAAGUUCAAUGGCCAGGUCAAGAGUUCACUAUUUCUGAAAUCAUUACGAUUGCUGUAGUGGCUGGACUGCUACUUGUGGCUGUCAUCUUUGUGGGAGUUUCCUGUCUGGUCCGUUCUAGAAGCUCCAAGAAUGAAGCCAAUCAGCCUCUUCUCACUGAUCACUACCAACGCUAUGCUGAGGAAUACGAGGAGCUCCCGAAUCCUAAUCAGUCCAUGGUCUGA